UCCCAUUAGCCAAUUCGUCUAGCGCGAGGAAAGACGUGCCGUACGGGCCCUUAUGGAGAAACCAGCCGUCGGUUGAUGGAUCAUUCGUUGAAGGGAAGGAGACGAGAGAGGAGGUCAAGAUGGUCGACGUGCUGACGGCGGCGAGUCCGUCCUUCUGCUUGGCCGAGCCAGCUGGGGACCACGCGUCAGAAAGUCUGAUUGAAGAGCCCACGGCGGCGGGUGCUGUGCCCCAGGACUGCUCGGCUGACCACCAGCAGCUCCCUCCAGAGUCGCACGUCAACCGCAAGAAGCACCGGCGGCGGCCCUCCAAGAAGAAGCGGCGCUGGAAGCCCUACUUCAGACUGUCCUGGGAAGAGAAGAAGGAGCUGGACGAGCGGGAGACGGCCAGGGCGUCGCGCCUGUGCGAGAAGAAGUUUGCCAAGGGCCAGCCGGUGGCCCCCUACAACACCACGCAGUUCCUGAUGGAGGAGCACGACGGCAAGGAGCCCGACCUGAAGCCCGAGCUGUGCGCGCGCCGGCCGGCCUGGGCCAGUCGCUCAGAGGACACGGCCAGCGAAGAGGAGCUCCUCGAGCCCGAGGAGGAGGAGGACAGCGGUGGCAGCGACGGCGUGGGGCAGGCGAGCCGCGAGUUUCUGCAGCGGGACUUUUCAGAGACGUACGCCCGCUACCACGCCGAGAGUCUGCAGAACAUGAGCAAGCAGGAGCUGGUCCAGGAGUACUUGGAGCUGGAGAAGUGCCUGUCCCGCCUGGAGGAGGAGAACAACCGGCUCCGGGACCGCGGCAGUGCCAGCGCGGAUGGCACCGUGCCCCCGCCGCCCCCCGCCUCGGGCCUGCGGACACGGGAGCUGGAGGCCGAGCUGGAGAAGCUGCGGGCGCAGAACCGAGAGCUGCUGCGGGAGAACGAGCUGCUGAGGCAAGAAAGGGCGGACCCCAAAGCCCCCGCCGGACAGUGAAGGCGAAGCACGGGACUCCCCUUUGCCGCUUUGUUCGGGGUCUUCUGGGAAGGCGGCUGCUCCACGCGCUGCGCGGGACUUGUUGGGAGCGGUGGCAGAGCCGCAGAGUCCAGCCGCCAUUUCUCCUCUCUGUUUGCUGCGGCCACCACUCGCUGCGGGGGUCUUCUUGGUGGUCUUGGCCUUCUUUUCUUUCUUUUUUUAACCUGCUGGCUCCUACUGCACAGAAUAAAAU